CCCAGUUCUUCAGCUUCAUGACCUUGUUGUGUGUUUUUCCUGCAGCUCCUUGCUCUCACAGUGUUUGUUGCAGCCUUCCUGGCUCAGGCUCUUGCUGAAGAGGCAGUGUCCGUCUCUAAGACUCGGAAGGACGGGGGUCUGUCUCGCUACAUGCUGCUCAUCAACAAGGAGGAGCAGCUGGCGACAGAGCAUGUGUGGGCCGGGCGAGACUCAGCCACUGUCCUCUUCGACUACAAGAACGGGAUCAUUGCGUACAGGGUGUUCGACGGCCGGGCAUGUUAUGCAGCCAAAAUGAACCGGAACACCUUCCCUGCCCUGGAUAAGCUCAGAGAGACUCUGGACAACGAGAAGAAUCACAAGCAGAGCCCCCCUCCCCCAGGCAAGAAGUACAACGUGAACCCCGUCCCGAUGAAGGAUCAGGGGAAGCUGGGGGCCCCCGUGCAGGCGCUGUGCCAGGGACUUCCGGCCUACUGGGCACAGGAGCAGAUCGGUGAGAUGUUCUUCAUCGACGCCGGUGCCUGCCUCGGGGUCGAUCUGCUCAUCUUGGACGUGUCUCUCUGCGGGCAUGUCGGACUUUGGUAAAGAAACUCGACUCAGCAGUUCCGUGCCCUGCCGUCGUCUCUCUGCCUCUCAUAUAGAUCUGCAGUUCUGUAUCUAAACAAAGUAGAAACCCAAUAAAAA